GCCUAGUUCUCAACUUCGAGGAGUUCGCUUUUUCGUGUCAUCAAUGCCAGUGGACGUGCGCCUAGCCGGCUGAUGAAGCGUGUGCAAGGGGACAACCCUGGUUAAGUUGGGGGGUAAACAGUGUCUUGUGUAAUACUUUCCCAAGCAAGCACUUGAUACUUGAUUUGGAUGCAAAAUGCUUCCAUCUGACACCGCACGCCUUGUGCUAAUGUACCUCAAAGAUGAAGGUCUUACUCGCACCUACCGACAGUUCUUUAAUGAAAGUCCCCACCUAGAAGAGCUAAGAUAUCAUCCUGAUAUUGAACCAUCGAUCCCAUAUGAGAAGGGUUUGACAGAAAUUCUGAAUGAGUAUGCAAAGAUCAUCAAUGCAAUCAAGGAUAGACUGAAAUGCAACCAGUUAGUUAAUUCAUUAUGGAAGAUGCACAGUGAGGUCAUCAGUCAGCUAAAGUUCCAGUACACUGGCAAUAGUGGAUUACUACAAACACAGGAAAAGAGAUGUGUUGACCAAAGAGUACUUUCCAGGUAUAGACUGACAGGAUUGCGUAAGCAGCAGGAGUUACAACGCAGAAUGGCUUCACAGUUAACAAUGACUUCACCCACAAGUAGUCCAAAUUCAGUGGCAAGUACUAGCCAGCCUGAGAUAAGCUCCACCUACUCUUCAGUAAAUUCCUCCUACUCACUGAUAAACUCUGCCCACUCUGUAAUGAACUCAGGACCAACAGUCGUUAAUAAUGUUUCUGUGGCUACCAGCCCUGUUGAUGUUGAAAAUGACAGUAAUCACAUCACAAGGAGUGGUAAUGCAGUACGAGAAGCAACAAGGUCAAUUUCUCCUGGGAUGGAGGUUGUGAUACAGGAAACGGGCAGCAUUCAACAAAAGAAAAGAGAAAUACCUGACUUUCAACAGAGCCAAGUGGUUAUACCAGAAUUUAGAACCCCGGUCAAAUCCUCUAGCAGUGCAGGAUCAGAGCUGAAUACACCCACUGGCAAAUCACCAAAAAGAAAGAGUGCUGCACCCAGACGGAUACAGGGUACCACGGCAACCACAGCUUCACGCUGCUCUGAGACUACCUCAUCGGCCAGUCAGUGUGAUGAAGAUGUUCGGGACUUACAUGUACCUGAGGUGCUUGAGUCACUCAUCAACAACAUUGAAUUCCAGGAAAAGCUUGCACAAAAUAUCAACAAGGCUAUGCCACAUGAGAAUGUUGAUAAAGACACACAGGCCUAUCCAAUUAAAGAGUCUGACACCCCCAGCAACCUCAGUAGCCAAUCAUCAGCCUCCAUUGAUGAACUUCUGAAUCUUCAUAUGAGCGAUGACACAAUUCAUGACAUUGUUCAGAAGACCAGCUCAGAUCCUGCAUUUGAAUCCUUGUUUUCUUUGUUCAGUCAGAAUUCUCAAGAUGGUUCUAAUCUUCAAUUUGACAACCUCACCAAUGACACACCUGCAUGCAAUGAUGACAUUAUGACUGACCAGUCACCAGUGCCUUCCACAUCCCAAUCUAGGCAUUCACAUGGUUUGCCUGAUCAGGACGUUGGUCAGGUGGUUCCAAGAACAGCCACUCAGAGUGCUGGAGAGGUAGCCCCAGUGUCUGAGUCUGCAACAAGGGCAAGCUCUGUACUUGAAACUGAAAGCAGAAAUACAGGUCAACUUAAUGCCACGAGUUCUCACCCUGCUGUAACCAGUUCAUUUACAGAAGCUUCACAUCAAGUUGUCACCUCAUCCACAACACACACGACACUCAUCCCACCUACAGACCAAGUAGUUACUCUGCCAGUAAUCCUCAAUCAAGCUGGAUCUUAUCAAGUUCUACAACAGACUGAUGCUGCUAAUCCACAGAAGAUCAUUUUAAACAGUCAAGCCAAUGUGCCUGGUGGAACUAUCUUUAUGGCUACUGAUGGACGGAUCCUUGGCACUUCAGGUCUUGUCUUACAGAGUGGCCAGUCAUUGUCACCAAGUGGUGUUGUAGAGAGUGUUAGCAUCAGACAGGCAAGUACGCAAGGGGUUGUUUCAAAUGGAGAAGUGCACAGUGCCACAAUGAAUAAUUCUCAUGCCUGUCCAAUUCAUGGAACUAAAGGAGGCUACUCCGGAGUGAGUGUUCCUGAUAUGCAGCAAGAAUCUGGCACAUCAGCAAGAAUGGCUGUAACAUCUGUAACAUCAACAGUAAACACAAACAACGUCCAGAUCUCAAGUGGGGAAGGUCAAAGUGAGGUGGUGCAGUUACUUGGAAGCAUGGUCCAGUCAGAUGUUGGUUCCUUGUUCAGUUCCUCUCCAGGAACAUCACAUUCCAGAUCCCCAAUCUCUUGCAAACAAUCUCCACAGAAGGCCAGAUCAAGGAAAAGGGGAGCAAGAUCUAGAACGCCUAGCAGCCAAACCCUGAACAGAAACAACCUGAACAACAACAGUGAAACUGUUGAGAAUCACAGACAAAACCAAGAUGCUCAGUCUACAGAUAUAUCAGUUAGGCCAUGCCCAAGUCAAGCUAUCAGUGAGACUCAAAGUACCCUGUCUGCUGUAAACAGAGAAACUGCAGUUCUUAACCCUGGACUGUUGACUGGCAGACUUGCUUCCAGUGUUUUGAACACUUCAUCAGAAGCUGGUGCUCCCAGAGUAUCACCUCCAGUGAAGACUGUCAAACAGAGAAAACACAUUCAGUUCAAGGAAAUAGUCCUACCACGCACACUAGAUGUUGGGGGUUCUCCAGAGUCACCGCCCAAACAAAAACGUCGAUCACCAGCCAGUGCCCGUCACCCCAGAGCCUCUAAGACAAAAAGACAGGGUAGUAACAUGGAGAGAUCAGAACAGAGCAAAGCCUCGAAUCCAGCUACUCCAACAAUGGCUUCCUCAGUGGCCAGUGGAUAUGAGACAGUUCCAACCUGCAAUUCAACCCCAGAUAAGGUCCUACCCGUGGUCAGUGACAUGUCUGCUGAAGUCAACAUUGCAGCACAGAUGCUGGUUUGUCUGUCAAACAGCCCCCCCUCUUUGCGACAGUCUCCAAACCGUCUGCAUAGACUGCGACGUAACUCGCCAGCUAGAAACCCAACAAGCGAACAUAUUGUAGAGUUGCGAAAGGAAAUUGGGUUGUCUUCGAAAAACAGUUGUCUCCAGCAAGACAACCAAAGUAACCUUGGACUACAUGUACCUCAUAAUGAGAGUGCUAGAGUCAUUAAUGCUAUGGGUAAUGAUAAAGGCAAAUCCCUGGACAGAUUAGCUCAGGAACAAACACAGAAGGAUGUUACCAGCAGUAAACGGAAAUCAAGGACUCCUCACAAACAGACCAACACAUUGACAGAGACUGUCGUUCUAACCAUCCCCUCUAGUUCGAACCAGAAGUCCAAGACCUCUACUCCAUUAUCAGACCAAAGCUUUGUUCCAUCAUCUAUCCAAACUAGGGCUGCAUCACUCAAGUCCAAAAGUCCCAGGAAAUUUCCAGAUGAUCCAGUCGCCACCAGGAAGUCAUCACGGAACAGUAAAAGUCCUGGCAAGCCUGUUGUGGGCAUGAAUAGACCAGGAGAUUGUGAUUUAGGAAAUGAUGUUAGCCAACAUUCAGCAGAGGAGUCUGGGCAAAAAGAAAGAGGACAAAAAAGAAGCAGGGAGGGAAACAACAGAGAACAGAUUACCAAGAAACCAAAGACUGCCAAAAAUCAGUCAAAGAAAGGUAAGAAAUCUCAGGGCUUCCCAUCCAAUCUUGAUGUUGACAAGUUUCUGUCAAGUCUCCAGUAUGCAGAAUGAAGAGAUACAGGAUUAUUCACAAAGCUAAGUUUGUCAGAAUUUGUUCAGAGUUCCUUUUUACUUUUAUUUACUAUAUUAAAAUGUAACAUCAGAUUAAAUCAUUUUGAAUGAAAAUGUGGUUAUAGAAUAAAUUGGCAUGUUCCUUUAAAGUUGUGUAUUUAUAUUUAGAGAAAAAUGAUAUGGUACAUGUAUUACAGUUCUAAGCCUGAUCAUGCACCUGGAUUGGUCUGUAAUAAAUGAAGUGUCAUGUCCAAUCUGUAUCCAACUGCUAGCCCUGUGUUAACAGGUCUUGUCCAUUGUAGCUGGCUGACAGUCUACCAGCACUGUUGUUUUACCCAUUUACCAUGUUUCGUGUGUAUCACUGGGUUUUAAAUUGUUUACUAAUAUGACUCAUUGUUUCAUGUGAAUAUUCAUAUUCAGAAUUUGGUAGCAAAGACUAACAGCAGUCCAUUGAUAUCCCAAAGAAGUAUCUGUUUGGGGUUAGAAAUAAACGUUUAUUCCUCCAGUUGUAAUCAUGGUGAGAUUUUUGUAAAGAUAAUUUAGAUGAAUGUUUCAUUCACUCAUCACCCAAAAGGCUUUGACAUAACCAAAGUCAAACCUCGGCUAGUCAGAUUGCAUCAUCAGAAUUUGGUUGCAAGUUCCACACAAUGCACACAAAUUUAAAGCUGCAAUUAGAUUGGGCAGGUUAUGACUUAAAAUUCACAGCACAUCUUGGAUUAAGUAUGAGCCAUUAUCAUAGGGCGGGGUAUGUACAUGUAUGUUUAUUGCUAUGCAGCAAGCCACAGUUCAGUGGCUAGUGGCAUAAUGGAGCCAUCACUAUCGGUCCUAAAAAUCAACUUCACAUUCAUUGCUACAUUGCUCAGCAUACCAAUUUGUGUGUGAGGAGAUUUUAGUCAACUCUCAUUACAUGUGUAAAGAACAGUUAUAACAAUUUAAGAAUUGCUGUUGAGAAUCCACCUUCUUGAAUUUUCAUGUUUUUCAGUUUUUCCCACACCUAAGAACAAAUUUCUGGUUAUUUUGGUUGAUACCUGGAACUUAUUGAUAACAAGAGUUAACUGUAUUAUACAUAGGUAUUUACCAUUAGACUACAGUGUAGAUGGUGUUUUAAAAAAAGCACAAGGUAAAAUUAAUGAACAUAAUCAAGAAAAUGUGACUUUUCUUUGUACUUCAUCAUCUAAAAAGGUAUUUAUGAAUGGGGAUAAAAUGGUGAUGAUUGGUCUUGCAUUGAAUCCAACUUAUAGUACCACACUUUCAAAAUCAGCUUAGGGCCUGGCAACAAUAGCUAAAGCCCCUACAGGUAGCUGCUUUGAAAGAUAUUACAUGUUGUCAAUUCCCUUAUUAAAGUGAUCAAUGCUUGCCAGUGCACCCCCCCCACGGCCUACCAUGCUUGUGCAUUACAUGUGACAGCCAGCCGUGAGGUCUCCGUAAUCUUCAGCUUUGUGUGCAACAUAACCUCUUAAACUGAAGAGACUUUCACUCUGCAGAAGUACCUCAUUUGCACCAACAUUUCUUGAUGCCAUUUCAGUUUUAUUAAAAGCUAUGCUUCUAAUAAACUCUGGAAAUUCACAAUGUAUGGUGUCUAUAGUUCCAAUAAAACCUUUGAGUUGUGGAACUACUUUACAUGCAUUUUGUUCCUUUAAGACGUGUGUGGUAACAACCAUGUUUUGAAUAAAGUAAUGACAGGUUAUAAAAUGGGCGAGUA